GGGCCGCCCCCGGGUCCCCGCCGCCCGCCAUGGACGACUACGCGGUCCUGUCGGACGCUGAGCUGGCCGCCGUGCUGCGCCAGUACAACAUCCCGCACGGGCCUGUCGUGGGUUCCACCCGCAAGCUCUACGAAAAGAAAAUCUUCGAGUACGAGACCCAGAGGCGGAGGCUCUCGCCCCCGAACUCGUCCGCGUCGUCUUUCUCCUAUCGGUUCUCGGACUUAGACUCGGCAUCAGUGGACUCGGAUAUGUACGAUCUGCCGAAGAAAGAGGACGCCUUACUCUACCAGAGCAAGGGCUACGGUGAUGACUACUAUGAGGAGAGCUACUUGAGCACCAGGACUUAUGGGGAGCCCGAGCCUGUGGGCGCCUCGAAGGGGUUCCGCCAGCCCCCAAGCUCACUCUCAGACACAGACACCUUUCACCACCAGGUGCGUGAGGACAGUCUUUUCUCUUCUGAAGAGGAGAGCAAGGAUAGGGAGCGCCCCGUGUACGGCCGGGACGGUGCCUACCAGAGCGUCGCGCACUACCGCCCUGUGUCCAGCGUGUCCAGAAGCUCCCUGGGCCUAUCCUAUUAUCCCACCUCCUCCUCCGCCUCCCCCAUGUCCUCCUCUCCAUCUUCCCCCACUUCGUGGCUCACUCGUCGAGCUAUCCGGCCGGAAAAGCAGGCCCCUGGGGCCGGUCUGGGCCAGGACCGCCAGGUCCCCCUCUGGGGCCAGCUGCUCCUGUUCCUGGUCUUUGCCGCCUUCCUGCUCUUUGUUUACUACUCCUUGCAGGCUGAGGACGGCGGUCCCUUCUGGACGGAGCCCUGAGGCCCUGGCUUCGUGGCCGCCUGUUCUCAGAAGUCCUGGCUGACUGCCUUAGUAGUGUUUGCUGGGGGAGGGGGUGGGGGCUUUUCUGUGUGUUCUGGCUUGGGGGCGCCGGGCCCGGCCCCGGGCACCGCUCGCUCCCCUCGUUCUGCGGGGUAGGUGGCAGGCCCAGGCCCUCCGUGGCACGGUGGACUUGGGCAGGCCUUCCUCUGGAGCCUUCUGGAUCCUGCUUGCCUCUGACCCUUAGGGCCCAGGAGGGCAAGACUCUUCUC